UAAACAGCUGUUUAGCCUAAUUCUCAUUAGUAGAAAACUAGAAUGGAUCGAAUUAAACUGUCGCUUGUUUUAUUGUGUGUUACCACCAUAGUGGGGCUGUUUGUGUGUGUUGAGAGCCGGCCUCAGCACAACCUUCCGUAUGAAAAUGAAGAACUUGCAAGAAUUUACAUGAAAGAUUUAGAUAAAAAGUUUUCCCAAGCCUUGGAAGAGACAGUAAAUGCUCAAUGGAUUUACAACACUAAUAUUACUGACUAUAACCUCGAAAAAAUGGUUGAAGAGUCCCAGAAGUAUUACAAGUUUCAGAAAACAGCAUGGAAGGACACCAUCCUUUUUAAGUGGGAAGGUUUCAAAGAUGAAUUUUUGAAACGACAAUUUAAGAAACUGUCUGUACUAGGAACAGCAGCGCUGGAAGAUGAUAAACUAGAAAAGCUAUCAUUACUACAGGCAAAAAUGGAAAGGACUUACAGUACAGCAACAGUGUGCAUUCGAGACAAAUGUAAUCUGGCACUGGAACCAGAUUUGACUCGUAUACUGGCUUCAUCACGUGACUACGAAGAAUUGAAGGAGGUGUGGCUAAAAUGGAGAGAUGCUGCAGGAAAGCCUAUCAGGGAUCAAUACAUUGAAGUCACGAAACUAGGAAACGAGGCAGCAACGGGCAAUGGUUUCUCAGAUUUAAGUGAAAUGUGGUUGGCACCCUACGAGUCUGAGACGUUUCGAGAUGACGUCGAGAGUCUGUGGAACCAGCUUCGUCCUCUGUAUCAGAAAAUCCAUGCUUAUGUCAGAAUGAAAUUACGUGACAUAUAUGGAGACAAAAUGCCAAAAGAUGGGACAAUUCCUGCCCAUCUCUUGGGGAAUAUGUGGGCACAGACUUGGACAUCUCUUCUCGAUGACUUGAAGCCGUUUGACAAACCAAGUAUUGACGUAACAAAGAAAAUGCAAGAACUGAACUGGGAUGCAGAGAAGAUGUUUCAAGUUUCUGAGGAAUUUUUCACUUCACUUGGACUUAUUCCAAUGCCACCGGAAUUCUGGGAACAUUCGAUGUUAACGAAACCGAAGGAUAGAGACGUUGUUUGUCACGCUUCUGCAUGGGACUUUUACAAUGGAAAAGAUUUUAGGAUCAAGCAGUGUACUGACGUGACUACAGAGCAGCUAAUCACCGUUCACCACGAGAUGGGACACGUAGAAUAUUUUCUUCAGUACAAAAAUCAGCCCGUAGUUUUUAGAGAUGGAGCAAAUCCAGGUUAUCAUGAAUCUAUUGGCUGGCCUGACACUAAACUUGAAGAUUAUUUAGAAGCUUGAGAAAAGCAAACCCUUCAACCAAGAGAAGAUCCAGAACACCAUUAAUGUUUUCUUUGUACAACACUUAUGUACUUCUGUAAAACCGGACUAAAAUAUGAAUAAAUAAAAAUGCACAGUGCAUUA